CAGAUUGCAAGCAUGCUCUGCGGGCAGCGCAACGUUGCAUCCCCGCCGUCGCUCCGGGGCAAAACAACCCGUCGGUUUACUCUAAUUCAAGGAACCCUUGCGCGUCACGGCAACCCCAGAUUCCCCGCCUACAUAGGAGAGCGUCAAGCAUCGUGUGGAGCACUUGAGACUUUUGCACGGCAGAGCUUCAUUUAUAUCUUUUGAAAAUGCGUCUCAACUAUAAGACCUUUGCGCUCGGUGCAGCCAGCGUAGCGCAAGCUGCGAAUAGCUGGAUUGUACCUGGUGCAGCAUGGAUGUCUACGUCCAACACGAAAAUCGAUGCUCACGGUGGCAUGGUGUACAAGCAGGGCAAUACGUUCUACUGGGUUGGACAGUCGGCCUCACACAACGAGCAACCCUACAUGUACACAUCGACCAACCUACUCGACUGGACACCCGCCUCCAACCCAAAGAACAGCAUCCAGUACAUGUGGCGCCCGAAGGUGGCCAAACCGAACGGCAACUGGUGGAUCUACGGGCAGGUAGACCGCAACGUGCAGGCGAUGAAAGCCACGACCAUCGACGCAAGCUAUGCGCUCUCGGGCGGGAAAGUGACGCUGCCGCCCAGCGGGUACACGUACAGCGAUACAGGCAUGUUCCGCGACGACGCAGACCAGACGUGGUACCUGCUCACGUCGGCCGACCACAACACGGUGCAGGUGAACCGCAUCAACGCCGACGGCACCGUGGGCGACCGCGUCAACUACCUCGCCAAAGGCGCCUACGAAGCCCCCGGCAUCCUCAAGGCAAACGGCAUCUACUACCUAGUUGUCUCGGGGAAGACGGGCUGGCGCUCGAAUCCCAACCAAGUCUUCUGGACGGACAAGCUCGUCGGCGGAUCUUGGAACGGCCCCGUGGGCAUCGCCCCCGAAGCAGAGAAGACGUACAACAGCCAGAACACGUUCGAGCUCACCGUCGUCGGCAGCAAGAAGACGACGUACAUCUACAUGGGCGACUCGUGGGACUCCAAGGGCGGGCCCGACAGCAACUACGUCUGGCUGCCCAUCGGCGUCGACACGAGCGGGAAGAAGCUGACCCUGGAGUACCACGCGCAGUGGAAGAUUGAUGUCACGACAGGCGAGGUGCAAGUCCCCAGCCUGAAACGGCGGUAUGAGGCCGAGCAUGCUGCGCUUGAAGGCCGAGCGGCGAUCGCGCGGUGCGAGCACUGCGUCAGCAGUAGGGGCGUGCAUCAGCUCAAUGGGGACGGGCUAGUCAAAUUCAAGAACGUUACUGGGCUUGGGGGACUACAAUGGGUGCAGUUCCACUACCGCGUCCUGCCCUCUAGCAGCGCAGAAGCUUGGGUGUCCGUCAAUGAGGGUCAUGCUGUCAAUAUCUCGACGCUUAAUCACAGGGCCGGAUUCCACGAUGUUGUGCCGAUUCAGUUGGAUCUCAAUGAGGGAAGUGAAAAUACCGUCACGUUUGGCACGAGCGGAGGUGAAGACGUUGUAUUGGAUGGAAUCGAGGUUGUAGAAGACUAGAAACGGAUGGCGUCCGAGUUCGGAAUAGCAAUGGACCCCAAUCUACAAAGUGAUGAGCAACGCCGUUGAACGAGCGCAAAGUGGCACGUACCAUGGCAGCGUGUCCAAGGGACGCAAGUCGUCCUGUGUAUCGUCUUCCCAUGUUGUAGAGGG